GAUAUUUAGAGACCUGCGAGUUUCAGUUUUCGGUUAGCUAUAUGUGUGUCUAAUGAAUGGUGGGGAAUCUUCUUAUCAUAUCUUUGCGUGGACUGUCCCAGAUUGCAGCAGAGUACUCGGAGUGCCCAUCAGGGAAAAAAGGAGGAGAUCUUGGAUGGUUCCCUAGAGGAAAGAUGGCAGGUCCAUUCCAAGAUGUCGCCUUCAACACACCUGUUGGUGUCACUAGUGCACCUUUCAAAUCUACGCAUGGAUACCACAUCAUCUUGUCGGAAGGAAGGAAAUACUGACAGAUUACAUCUCUGUUCUCCUCUGCUCUAGUCUUGUGGAAGUCACUUGCUAGUUGUUACUGUAACCUAUAUAUAAAACACACAGCCUUUGUUGUUCUGGCCAAAAUGUUUGCUACAAGUUGUUAACAAAUCUUCUCUGUUGUUUUGAAUAAUGAAUUUCUGAAGGCUAUGUGAUUCA